AACCAACCAACCAAAAAAAAAAAAAAAAAAAUCAAAGCUUUGCUGACCUGACCCCUAUUUGUUUCUAUUUUAUCCAUUCCCAAACCAGACCAGAUAGAUUCCUCAAAAGGGAAAGAAGAUUAGAUAGAGAUGGAGACCAUCAGAGGAGACGACGAUUCAGAGAUGUACGGAGCUCUCGUGACGGCGCAGUCCUUACGGUUGCAUCAUCGUCACCACUGUAGAGAGGAUCAGUGUACCUCUGUUCUCGUCAAGUACAUUAAAGCUCCUGUUCAUCUGGUUUGGUCACUUGUGCGGAGAUUUGAUCAGCCGCAGAAAUACAAACCUUUUAUAAGCAGAUGUACUGUUCAUGGUGAUCCUGAAAUCGGUAGUCUCAGAGAAGUAGAUGUCAGAUCUGGUCUUCCUGCGACCACUAGUACCGAGAGAUUGGAGCAGCUUGAUGAUGAAGAGCACAUCCUCGGUAUCAACAUCAUUGGUGGUGAUCACAGACUUAAGAACUACUCUUCGAUCUUGACUGUACAUCCUCAGAUGAUCGAUGGGAGGUCAGGAACUAUGGUGAUUGAGUCUUUUGUUGUGGAUGUUCCUCAAGGCAACACAAAAGAUGAUACAUGUUACUUUGUGGAAUCACUCAUAAAGUGUAACCUCAAAUCCUUGGCUUGUGUCUCUGAAAGAUUGGCUGCUCAAGACAUAACCAAUUCCAUCGCCACAUUCUGAAAAUCUUUCCAACGGAUACAGAGAUAAGAAUCAUACGGUAACCAUUGAAGAUACGGAGAGAAGAUUCAUACAGCAACCUUUGAAGAUAUGGCUCCAUCUGUCGCACUUACAAACUCAGUGAAGGGAUCUACCAUUAUGAGAUUCUUUAGUCAGCUGCUCACAUAUAUAGAAGCACACGUGGUCUCGCUUCUUUGUUCAGAUCACCUCCAUAGGCCAUUUUCAAGCAUGUGGUAAAAGUUUUGAUGUAAUUUGUUGACUGUUGUCUGUUGGACGGUGCCUGUAUUUACGCACCAUUUGUAAGAAAUAAACAGAGCUAGUGUAUUUAUACUA